AUGGCUCGCAUGAUGGUUGGAAGUCGCGACUAUGUGAUGAGCCGGUAUAAGCUCCAUAAGAUCAAGGAGAUUGAGGGCAUGGUGGCAGACGCCGUCCAAAUUGUGAGUGAAUACCUGGGAAACGGCCAGACAACUCUUAGAGCUCUUGCGCCCGCAUUGGUUUCAGUCCCAACCACAGUCCCUGAUGGACGACUGGCCGAAUGGCGCCGCCAUAAUAUUCCUUUCAACAAUCCCAUUACUGGUACGUUAUACAUGCCGCUCCAUCUCACUCUGUCCAAAACGAAUCUUUCAGUCUCCCCAUUAAAAGAGGUGCUAAUGUUUCUGGCGAUGUUAGGUUUCUGCGCAUUCAGUCACAAGGCCGGAAUCCAUGCCAAGGCCAUCUUGGCCAACCCCUCGACUUACGAAAUCCUUUCACCAGAAGACUACGGUCUCAGCAGAUAUGUCCAUUUCGCUAGCCGGUUGACUGGUUGGAACGCUAUCAAGAGCCGAGUCGAGCAACUUGGUCUAUCUAUGAGUGACGAAUAG